CGUGUAGAAUUACAUAUGCUGCAUUUUUAUGUGAAUUUAACACUCCAGUAAACAAGCUUUCUCCUGACAAGCUGUUUCCAUGGUCAAUAAUCAUACAAUCCUUCUUUUCACCAAACAUUGAUGACAUACACUGAGAAAUAUUCCACCAGCGAUAAUAAUCGACAUGAGGUUACAUGCCACGAUUUAAGAUCUAUUAACAAUCAUGGAGUUGAUAAAUGAAAUGAAGUUCAGUGGAUAAAUUCGGAAGCCAAAAAUCUUUUAAGCUUUAAAGUAAAGAAAAAAUAAAAUGUUAAUAAUGAAUUUUAAAUUAAUAUUGUUUGUUUUAAGUACAUUAGUAUGUGUGGAUGUGUUUGCCGAUGAACAUUGUGAAGGAAUCGAGGUUAAAAAGGGAUUUGUCGUUGAAAUAAGUCCGGAAGGUGAAAGUUUUAAUUUGUCUUCGUUAACAAAUUCCUCUCGACACGAGUGCACAAGAAGCUGCUGCAACACAGAUAAGUGUACCCUUACUGUAUUCAAUACAUCAACAAAGGUCUGUACACUUGUCCAUUGCAUUGAUUGUCCUGUGUUUGAAUCUGAGCACUCAAUCCUGACCUAUAUAGGAUCUGAUAAUCAAACUGAAAAUAAUACAUUGGCUGAAGACAUAGCCGCAUCCCAAUCAAACCAAACUCAACUACUAAAUGAGACCUUUCAAGAAGAAUCGCACCCAGUGAAUGAGAAUGUUAUUGACACAGAAACCGUCAGUACACCCAGUGUUUCUGAAACCUUACCAAAAGAUGAAAAUAACACAUUAGAGGAAACUAGUUCUUACAAUGAAACAGGUUCAGUGAGAAAUUACAUAAAUUCAACUUUAAUAGAAACACCUGAUACAGACGUUCAUUCGGUUAAUGACACAUUGGAUAAUGUUGUGGAAAAUUCAGCUGGAAAAAAUGACGAAUCGAUAGAACUGUCAAAGCCCGUCACACCACUGGUCAACACCAGUGUAACAUCGACAACAGGAAAGCAGGGAACAAGCGUCACAACUACAAAUCAACCAAGUAGUUCUACCCAAACAGAACAAGUAGAAAGUAGAACUGCCUCAUAUACUACUGUAACAGAAACCAGUAAUGAUAGUAACAGUACCGACGGCGCUCCCGGUACAAAAGCUAUGCAGCCCGAAAAAGAUGCAACUACUGAAACACUAACAUCACCCAGUAUAUCAACAACGACCACACCCUGGCGAAGCUUGUUUUCAUUUCUGUCGACAGUAUAUACGAGUACUUCUAAAUCGGAAAGCCAAGCGGUGACUAAAGCUACAGUGUCUACGCAAAAUCCUGAUGCAGAGCUCCCAUCUUCGCAAUCAACAGUCAACUUGCCGCCAACAUCUACCAUGUCAUCUUCUUCAUCCCUCUCUCAGUCAGAUUUAUGGACAUAUGGUUCAUCUCCGUCAGAAGAAGUUUCCACCUCUUCCAUCUUGUCCACAGCUUCAUCCUCAAUCUUUUCUACAUCUUCAUCGUUUUCAUUUCACUAUGAAAGCACCACUGAGGCCGCAGCAAGUAAGGCAGACGAUCAAGCAGAUGGCAGCACAAACUCCCAACAUGGUGAAACUCCUGGCCGGAUGAAAGGGCCGAAGCAGCUUUCCACCAGUCUUGUUGUGGCUCUCUCCAUCGGCGUGUUCUUCACAUUUGUGCUCCUUGUGGUGAUCUGCAAACGCUUAUUUGAGGGCUGGCAAAGACGCCAUUAUAACAAACUAGACUAUCUGAUAAACGGAAUGUACAACUGAAAUGACAAUACCAACAAAUGAAAUGCCUUAGAUUAAGAAAAAAUGCGUUGGUGAUUCCAUGUACACAUACUACUAGUGGAGUAGCAUUUUGAAGGCGUAUUAAAUGUGUUUACCAAAUGUACAUUUAUACAAUAAACCUGGCAAUAAACUAUCGCAGGUGUAAAAGAAAAUAACCCACAACGUUUCCUGAAAUUAGUGUUUAAAUGUAAAAAUGGGUAUCUGACGCAAUAUUUUUUACCGAAAUAAAACUCUUCCAUCAUAGUU